AUGGCAUCAACUAGUAACGAACAUGAACUUAUCACUAAGGAAUUUUUAGAAACACAAAAGAAAUUUGAGCAGAUAAAUGAGAGAAGACGUAUUUUGAUUGCACAAGAAAGUGAAAAUCAAAUGGUUAAUAAUGAGCUUGAAUUAUUGGAAACUGAUGCUGUAAUUUAUAAACUUAUUGGGAAUGUAAUGGUAAAACAGUCAUUAGAUGACGCAAAAAUCACUGUUUCUAAAAGAUUGGAAUAUAUUACUGGUGAAAUAGAAAGUGUUAACAAAACUUUUGAAAGUUUGCAAUCAAAACUUGUUGAAAAAUCUAAUCAGCACUCAUAUUUUUCCUAUUCAACUUAG